GGUCUGAUCGGGUGGGAUUCUUCCCAGAAGGUCCCUGAAGAGGCCAAAGUUGGCUCAGCUGAAGUUCAGAGUUGCAGUCUUGCUUACUGCCCUGUUUCCUCCCAGCAGGAUCAUGAACUCCACAAUCUCACAGCCACUACAGCCAAGGCUGCCCCCAACCUUCACAUCCCCAACUACUCCUUCAUUAUUUGUUUAAAGCUCCAUGUUGGCCAGUCUAUUGGCAAAGGCACGUGUACCCCUGUUGGUGAGGUGGAUCCCAUCACUCACAAGCAGCUGUUGAUCAUCAAACCGGGUUCCAUGAUCAUAGAAACCAAAACCCUGUUGCCAGCACCAGUGGCACAGGCAGUUGUUUACUUGGAGAACAUGUCUAUGCCUCUUCUCAUCUGCAACCCUGACUGGUGUCAAAAGCCUUUUCUUACGCUUAUGAAUCUUCACUGUUCACCAGACAUCCACACAUUUCUGUGCAAAGCCUUUGUCCCUGCCUGCCUGGAGCAAGCUCACGUGAUUCACCCUUGUCGAAACCUCUGUGAGAAAGUGUAUUCUGACUGUAAGCAGUUGAUGGACACUUUUGGAAUCACGUGGCCUGAAGAGCUGGAAUGUACCAGACUAGUCAAUUGUGAUGAGACUGUUCCUGCCACUGCUGCUGUAACCACAGAUGUACACGGAACUCGGAAGACCCCAGGCCAGGCCCGAAGGGAUUUUGGAUUCUGGUGUCCACGACACCUACACACGACCAAUGGACAAGGCUACAAGUUUCUAGGAAUUGAUCAGUGUGCACCCCCAUGUCCCAAUAUGUACUUCAAAAAUUAUGAAUUGGACGUUGCAAAGAGCUUCAUUGGAAUAGUUUCAAUCUUUUGUCUCUGUGCUACGCUUUUCACGUUCCUGACUUUUCUGAUUGAUGUUAAAAGGUUUAGGUACCCAGAGCGGCCGAUCAUAUAUUAUUCUGUCUGUUACAGCAUAGUCUCUCUCAUGUACUUUAUCGGAUUUUUACUUGGGAACAGAACUGCCUGUAAUGAGGCAGAUGAUAAGUUAGAAAUUGGUGAAACAGUUGUUCUUGGCUCCCAAAACAAAGCCUGUACUGUCCUCUUCAUGGUUUUGUAUUUUUUCACUAUGGCAGGAACUAUAUGGUGGGUGAUUCUUACAAUCACUUGGUUCCUUGCAGCAGGAAGAAAAUGGAGCUGUGAAGCUAUUGCACAAAAAGCCAUGUGGUUCCAUGCGGUUGCGUGGGGAAUACCUGGUUUUCUAACCAUUAUGCUCCUUGCAAUGAACAAAGUUGAAGGGGACAAUAUCAGUGGAGUUUGUUUUGUGGGUCUCUACGAUCUGGAUGCCUCUCUGUACUUCGUGCUUUUGCCGUUGUGCCUUUGUGUUUUUUUCGGUCUCUCUCUUCUUUUAGCUGGUAUUAUUUCUUUAAAUCACGUGCGGCAAGUCAUACAGCAUGAUGGCAGAAACCAGGAGAAGCUGAAGAAAUUUAUGAUCCGAAUUGGAGUUUUUAGUGGGUUAUACUUGGUGCCACUAGUAGCACUUCUGGGAUGUUACGUCUAUGAACUGGUGAACCGGAAAACCUGGGAAACAACCUGGGUAUUUGACCACUGUGACCAGUACCAUAUUCCUUGUCCUUACCAGGCAAAGGCACUAGCAAGACCAGAAAUAUUUUUGUUUCUGAUGAAAUAUUUGCUGACAUUAAUUGUUGGCAUAUCUCCAGUCUUCUGGGUGGGAAGUAAAAAGACCUGCUCCGAAUGGGCCAAUUUCUUCAACAGAAACAGAAAAAGAGAUCCAAUCAGUGAGAGUCGAAGAGUGCUGCAAGAAUCAUGCGAAUUUUUCUUGAGGCACAAUUCCAAAGUCAAACAUAAAAAGAAGCACUACAAAUCAACUUCACACAGACUGAAAGUAAUUUCGAAGUCGAUGGGGACUAGUACGGGUGGCACAACAAAUCAUGGAACUUCUGCAGUAGCAAUCACUAAUCAUGAUUACUUAAGCCAAGAAACUGUUGCAGAAAUUAAAACCUCUCCAGAGACAUCUGAGAAAGAGAUAGAGGCAGACAGAACAUCAGCCCGAAGAGUCGAGGAAGGUGAAAACAGUGGAGAUCAAAUGUUAUCUAGUUCCAAACUGACCAUGGAUCAGGUGGAAAAAAGAAACAAAGCAGAUAGCACAUGUGAUAUGAGUAGCUUGGCUGAGAGUAUGAAGAGAGUAGGUGAAGGAGGAAGAAUAACUCCUAAAAACGAUUUUAUUGAAUCUCCUCCAGUACAAAGCAGCUGUUCCCAAAUACCUGAUGUCUCACAGUCAGCUUCCGUAUCACUACUUGUCUACUCAGCUUCAGACACCAGAAGAGAGUUGGAUUCAGGAAACAGUUCAAACCCUUGA